GUGGUAGAUCGUGCGUGGGGAGGAUGUCGCAGCGCGCGUCCCCUGGAUGUGCGCUCGAUCCCCGCGGGUGCAUAAAUCUUGAAUGCAUUCUUCUAGCCUUUAGUGCCCCAAUUUCCGAGGAACAGGCAUGGGCCUUGUGCUACACGUCCAUUCAGUGUUUUUUCGGCCUUAGAGACGAGACUAAGUCCAAAGCCGCCCUUUCAACUAGCCUAAAACAUGUGAUACUACACAAGGAUGGAUUUGUUCACGAAGAUACCUUCAUGCCCAGCGGUAGCCAAGGUAGGAGCAGACUGCGACCUGUGUCAGAGGGAAAGCUGGUGUCGGAGCUUGGGGUCCUGCUGUACCGAGCCCUCGACUACAGCCUGGCCAGCGAUGAGGAGCGUGACCUCUCACCUUCCCUUAAUCACCUUAUUGACCUCAUGACAUCCGCAGGCACUCCAGCUGGCCCUGUGUCCCGUCGUCGGUGCUGUGCGUCUCUCAAGCGUUCAGAGUGUGAGCGGGGCGAGACUGAUGAUGAGGGGAUUGAGAGGGACUCUGGCGAUUCCGAGGAUGAGUUAGACCACAGUGCCAACUUUACAAUGGCGGAGGCUCUCCAGGUGUGUGAGAGCCGCCUGACCAACGGAGGAUUGGAAGGCGGGGUAUGUGAGCAUUAUAGGGCGGUGGUGAGGGCGCUGGUGGCCGAAGCCAUCGACCUUGCCUCAUUCCUCCAGAAUGUCGCCCUCGGGAGCAAGUUCGCUACGCAGUCUGCGGACCUCCUCAGCUCCGAGCACGACCUUCGCGAACUCCAGUGUGAAGACUGGGCACGUCUUUGGAUGCAGGUGAUGCGGGAACUGAGGAAUGGUGUUAAGUUGAAGAAACCCGACUACUCCCGAGGACCCAUCGAGUACGCCCUCACACCCUACGAAAUGCUCAUGGAUGACAUUAGAUCACGGAGAUACACACUCAAUAAAGUCAUGGUAGAUGGAGACAUCCCUCAGCGUGUCAAAAAAGAUGCUCACACAAUUAUACUUGACUUUAUCCGGUCACGCCCACCUCUCAGAAAGGCAUCAGAGCGCAAACUCCUACCCCCACCACGUAAGAUCUCGUCACCAAUGGAACUGCUAAUGGAGAGUAUAAGAAAAGACCACACCUUGAAGCACGUCAACACUCCCACACGAGCACGGCCCAUGUCCAUGGUGGAGACGUCUCGCCCUCCCAUGGUUCUGGACACGAUUCCGAAGCCUCAACGGAAGCUCAUCCAGGCUCCCAGGUUCAACAUAUCUUGUGAGGAUGAAGAUGAAGAUGACGAUUUGAGUGACAUUCCCCCUUCAAGCCCACGUUUGGGUAAACACACGGUUAUAGGCACAUCAUCACGGAGUUCUUCGCCGCAGAGCCCCCAGUCACAACCAACCUCACCUUGGUCACGAAUGGCAUUUGACCUGGCAAACUACGGCAACACAGGCACUCCGGAACGUCGUCAUUCAAUAACACUGUGUGAAACUCCUUCGUUGACCCAACAGUCUUCCACUUCCAUCACUCCACCAUCCUCUCUUCCCCAGUCAAAAAAUCCAUCUGCUCCCAACUCACCGGCACAUCAAGAUUUUACGGCAUCUGCAUCUCAAACACAGAGGGACUUCUUAUCCUCAGCUCAUUUCUCCACACGGCUGGACUGCCUGGCUCUGACUCUGGAGGAGGUGGUACACAUCCGUAAUGUCUUGACCAAAGCAGACCUCGAGGCUCUUCCUCUUGACCUGACCAUCAAAGAGGAUAUGGCCAAAGGCAAAAUAUGUUUCCUGUGUAUGAAGACCAGAUUUGGUUUCUUUGGUCCUCGAGGCACCAACUGCAGACUCUGUAGGAGAACAGUGUGUAAAAAGUGUAUCUCAAAGAUGCGCAUCCCAACAGAGCACUUCUCUAACAUCCCGGUUCAGAUGUUGACCCCCCAAGCACUGUCUCCACGAGAGGAUGAAGAUGAUAGCAUAUCACUUCCAAGAUCCAUUCUCUCAAGACUUACGUUUAACAUCUCAGAACACAUCGCUAAGCGUAUUCAGGUAACAGAGCAUGAAGAACACACGACAAGUGAUGACAUCCUGUCUCAGGACUUGCCUCUACCCACAAGCAAUAGUGGAGGAUGGAGUGGAGAACGAAGAAGCAGCGUUAGUGGAAGUGUGGGGUCGGCACCAUCAUCUCCAACGCUCUCCAGAACGGAUGGCCCUCAAUCCUUACCCACACAACCACCAGUACCAUAUGUUAGUGAAGCAAUCAAGAACAUCCUUCAUAGUCAACUUCAUAGCCACUGUUCCCUUCAUCGUGCACGCACAAUUGGCCGACUGGAGGGUAAAAGUCGGCGCUCCUUACCGCCCAGGCUGGAACGUGCAAGGACCAUGGCAACUAUUGACUGCCGUACUGCCAAAGAGCGACUAAUGGCAGAGAAGCAGAAGCAGAGAUCCCGGACCACACAGGUCGAGGAGCAUUUGCGUGGAGAGCUCAUGUGCGUGUGUGGAGACUGCAAAGCUAUGGUACUGCACAUUCUGGCGUCUAUUAAAGUGCGGCGAGAACAGAUGAGCAGUUCGACUUUACACGAGUCACCUCGUCAUCACCUACAUCUUAACCUUAACCCAGUGUACCACUAAGAGAUAUCGAGAGUCUUGGCGUAAUAUUAUAUUUUAUUAUUGUCAUUAUGACUCUGCUUACACCACAACAUUUUAAAUUAAUGAAGGCUCAUGGAACCAUCUUGUUUGGAAUUGUUUAUAUUCUUGUGUACCUUGUAUUGAGCCAAUAUUUUAUCUAUUAAAUUGUUUUGUGGUUAUAACCUUAACUAGGCUAUUGUAAAGGCUCGGCAUAUCUUUAAACCCCAAAACAUUUAGCAUGUAGUACUUAGCUGCUUUGGUACUGUAAAAUCUUAUGGGUGUUGUGUAUGUGUGUAUGUAUAUUUGUGCGCGCGCACACACACAC